CUAGGGCUCGGUGGGGAGAGGAGGCGUUGGGUCCGUUUGUAUUAAGUACCCAACGGUGGUGAGCUCGGAAAUGACAGCCCACAGCACCCGCCGCGUGUAAACCCCAGGGCAGAAGGGGCGUAUCGUCUCAGGACCGCUGGCCUCGGACUCCGCAGGUCACUGCUCAGCUGCUGGGCCCGCAGUGCCCCUCCCCCCAACAGCCUCCUUUCUAAGCUCCACCGUGGGGCGGCAGGUGCGGCAACUCGCCUCCACCCCGCCCCCUACCCGCCCCAACGGCACUCCGGGGCCGGGAUGGGGGAGGUGGGGGGAGGUGUGGUGGAGCUGCGAGACUCCAGCGGCGGGCGCUCCCCUCCAAGCACCCAGAGAUCUCGGAGCUCCGCUGUUUCCUGUGCUGUAGCUCCCGUUUCGGCGGCGCCGGUGGCAGCCCUGGCGGAGGCAGGAGCGAUGGCAGCGACCGACAUAGCUCGCCAGGUGGGUGAAGGUUGCCGAACUGUCCCCCUGGCUGGACAUGUGGGGUUUGACAGCUUGCCCGACCAGCUGGUGAAUCAGUCAAUCAGCCAGGGCUUCUGCUUCAACAUCCUGUGUGUGGGAGAGACAGGUUUGGGCAAGUCCACCCUCAUGGACACCCUGUUCAACACCAAGUUCGAGGGGGAGCCAGCCACCCACACACAGCCGGGUGUCCAGCUCCGGUCCAAUACAUAUGACCUUCAAGAAAGCAACGUGGGGCUAAAGCUCACAAUUGUUAGCACAGUGGGCUUCGGGGACCAGAUCAACAAGGAGGACAGCUACAAGCCCAUUGUGGAAUUCAUCGACGCCCAAUUUGAGGCGUACCUGCAGGAGGAGCUGAAGAUUCGCAGGGUACUGCACACCUACCAUGAUUCCCGCAUCCACGCCUGCUUGUACUUCAUCGCCCCCACGGGUCAUUCCUUGAAGUCUCUGGACCUAGUGACGAUGAAGAAGCUGGACAGUAAGGUAAACAUCAUCCCCAUCAUUGCCAAAUCAGAUGCCAUUUCUAAGAGUGAGCUAACCAAGUUCAAAAUCAAAAUCACCAGCGAGCUUGUCAGCAACGGAGUCCAGAUCUACCAGUUCCCUACAGAUGAUGAGUUGGUGGCAGAGAUCAACGGAACCAUGAACGCCCACCUGCCGUUUGCUGUCAUUGGCAGCACAGAAGAACUGAAGAUAGGGAACAAGAUGAUGAAGGCACGGCAGUAUCCCUGGGGCACGGUGCAGGUUGAAAAUGAAGCCCACUGCGACUUUGUGAAGCUGCGGGAGAUGCUGAUCCGGGUCAACAUGGAGGAUCUCCGGGAGCAGACCCACAGCCGGCACUAUGAACUGUACCGCCGCUGUAAGCUGGAGGAGAUGGGCUUUAAGGACACCGACCCCGACAGCAAGCCCUUCAGUUUGCAGGAGACAUAUGAGGCCAAAAGGAAUGAGUUCCUAGGGGAGCUCCAGAAAAAAGAAGAGGAGAUGAGACAGAUGUUCGUCCAGAGAGUCAAAGAGAAAGAAGCUGAGCUUAAAGAGGCAGAAAAAGAGCUGCAUGAGAAGUUUGACCGUCUGAAGAAACUACACCAGGACGAGAAGAAGAAGCUGGAGGAUAAGAAGAAAUCCCUAGAUGACGAAGUGAACGCUUUCAAACAGAGAAAGACGGCAGCCGAGCUGCUCCAGUCCCAGGGCUCCCAGGCUGGAGGCUCACAGACUCUGAAAAGAGACAAAGAGAAGAAGAAAACCAGAGAAGAGAAAAGCAUUUCCGAUGGGACCUGUACAACACCAGGAAAACAUCCGGUGGUCCCUUGCGCUCUAGUUGUUUGUGCGGUGUGACUGGAGAGCCCUCAUUUGCAGUGUCAAGCAGUGUCCUUACUAAAGCGGCCCGAGGAUCUGAAACAUGCCCCCGGUCAUUGCCUUCUGUUCUUAGCCACUUGUUGCUGGACUCAACUCUUCGACUAUUGGAUAUUUGCCAGGAGGCGGAAACAUCCUUUCCUCUGUGCCUGGUUUAUCACUUAAGGAUAAAACAGUAUAACAUUUCACCAACAAUAAAAUACAACAGUAAAAUAUCUUAUAUUUAAAGGCACUCAGUUUUGCCAUCUGAAUAUUCUUUUUUCAAAAGUGUACUUUGGGUAUUUUCACCAAUUAGUCCAGAGAUUUUUUGUUAACUGAAUCACACUAUAUGUCAAAGUCACAGACUAACUUUUUGUGGUAUUACCUGAUAGAUAAAGUUCAAGUAGCCCUCAAAAAGCCUCUUUGGACGCACUGUAUAUUAACUGACUUGUGUUAGUUGCACCAGCAGGAAUGGAUUCCUAUUUUUAAGAUCAGAAGAGUUUAAAUUUGUCUUCCGGCUCUAACCUGCUGCCUUCAUAGUCCUGUGGUGUUUGUUAACUCAGUCCCUGGGGCAGUUUCACAGCCUGCUGGCAGGCAUGAGGAGAUUCAUUUGUUGGGACCCCACUGACACUCAACUAUAAAUAGUCCCUGUUGAGCUGUUCAGUGGAAGUUCCUCCCAGACCAGGCUUUCUCCUCGUUGCCCUCAAUUAACUGACUGCCACCCCACCCCCAGGCAGAGGACCCCAUAUAGGGAGACAUGUCUCUCCAGUCUCCAGGAAUAUUUGGAGUUGGUGAUGGCACCCUUUUCCAAUUUUGAGAUGAGUGAAAACCUCACGGGCACGAGGCAUCCCCUGUUAACAAGAGAGCCUGACAAAACAGCCUGUCCUCUUCCAUAUUUCCAGAUACAUAAGUGGCCCCAGGUGUGGGCUUUUUAUGUCAUUCCCUGAACAGUUGGCUAACCUCUGGAAGACCCAUCAUUAGACCUGUGUCACUCGUCCCGUGGUGAUGUUGGGGGGCGGGAGUUGAGGGCGGAAGUAGGGGUAGAAGCAUUUCUUCUUGAGAGAUGGUGAUUGGAUCUAAUAGAGUCACAUACUGAGAACUUCCUUUGGCUGCCCUUAAAGAGGUUAAGAAAGAGUACCGGUGUUUCGGGGGUCCCUACCAGCACACCCUCCCUUCUUCCCCUCUUCUCCUAAUCUCCUUUGACCUCCCUAACUCUUCAUUGUUUGUGUCAACUCAUAAUAUUUGAUUUUUCCCCAAGCUCACUCCCAUCUUCAUCAGCUUUUACUGUUUUACAGUUAACUCUGCUGUUUGCUGCAUGCUGCAUGAGACCCAGGGUCCCGGUAAGCUUUAUUAACUCUAAAUAGAACUGGCAGUGGCUUCUAGAACACAUCUCCCCAAAUCCCACCCCCUGCCCAACACACAUAUCUAAUAUCAAAGAAGCUGCUUCAUUGUUCUAGCUGGUAUUCUCUUGUGACUUAUAAUAUGAAGAAAUAGGCCGGUGUGAUUUCAAGUAUACGCGUGGGAAUGUUUGCCUUCCUGACUAAAGGUGGGGUGUUUUCAGACCUUUGCUGCUAGAACAGCUAGGUAGCGUAGGUAGAUCCUGUGAUCAAUAUUUGAAGUUUCAAUUUUGGCCAUUUUUCUUCUGAAGGCGCCUUCAUCAUUACUUUCAAAAUUAACUAAACUGCUGUGACGAGGGGAACUGUUGAGUUCACAAGCCCUGUCCUGCAACAUCACGGUCAGCCUUGGCGCCCAGGUUUGGGAAUGUUUUGAGCCAACGGAAACUUGCUUCUCUGUUUCCCUCUGGUGGCUGUUUCUUACCCGAGGGGUUCAAGUUCUCGAAUUUCGUUUGGCCCCCAAAGCUAUAAUAAAAGUGGAAGAAAAUGAAGCUUCUCCGAUAUUAUAGAAUAUUUAAUUCUACAAGUACCAGCUUCAUGAACACCUUUGAUAAGUAGGUAAGCAGGUAACCGUUGGUAAGAUGGAUUCCUCAGGGCUAGGUGUUGUGUCUGCAGGAGUGAAUAAAGCAGCCCCUGGCGUCACAUAGUUUAUACGUUGGUGAUAGCGAUGAUUAAGCUGCUUCUGUCUUUUUAACUAGACUCAGUGAGUGGGGAGGAACAUAAAUAUUUUAAAUCUAACAUAAUUAGGCUUAUUACCAUUGUUAAACUUUACCAUAGAAACUUUCAAACAGGAACGAAAGAAGAGAGAGGACAGUACAACGCAGCCCCAUGUACCCACAACACAGCCCCCAAACAACUGUCAACGUAUGCCAAUCCUGUCUCAUCUACUGCCCCAAACCGGCUGGAUCACUGCAAAGCACAAACCCAUAUCAUUUCAUCUGUAAAUACUUCAGCAUGUAUCUCUAAGAGCUCAUGACUCUUAAAAAAAAUAAAUAACGACAACGCCACCGUUGUCACACCCCCAAGAUUAGCAGUUCGUUCACAUAAAAUUUCUAGUCAGUGUUCAGAAUACCCCAGUUGUCUCAUAAAUGCCUUUUACAUUUGGUUUGUUUGGAUCAGGGACUAUAAAAUAUUGAGAAGACUCCUCCCCACUCACCCAUGGAAUUUAUGGUUUACAUGGAGAGCCUGCCGUUAGUCACCAAACUAAUUGCUGCAGCUCCUGCACCGGGGACUUUGGGCAGCUGGCAAAACAUCCUACUUUCAAGCAAAUCCCGAAGAGGAAGUCCAUAGAGGCUUCUGAAACGUAAGGCCCAUGAAGUUGGGCCAAGGGAAACAACCCGAAAAGAACAAUGAAAUGAUUUAUUGUCUGGCUUAAAGGCAAGUCUUGGAGCCCUGUUAGUUGACUUGAAUGAAACAGCAGGUUUCCACCUCGGAAGACUCAGAAUUCCGAGAGCGUCUGUCCAUGGCUGCAGUCCCAGCGCCCAGCACAGAGGCUGACACCCAGUUCAUGUGUAUUUUCUUUGCCCCCCCCACCCCCCGAUUUUCAAUGAGGACAACAGGAAAGGUGCAUCCUGUUCAGUUAGAUUUCAGUUAAUGAAACCCAAAUUAACGCUCUUUGACACAGUUUGGUUCAGCUUUCCCUGAGUAAAUCAUUGGUAAUGGCCAUUACUAAAAUGAAUCCUGGCAAAACUGUAAUUAAAGGCAUACUUUACAAGUGAGAGGCAAUUGGCAAACAGUGGGAACAGCCAACCCCGACCCUGAGUAGGUUGGCUUUUUCUGGCAUGCUUCUCGCCAGCACACCACAAAAGCAGUUCCAAACCAAAUCGGGGAAGGAGGCCUUGGCUCCCUGGGGUCUGAAAGCAGCAAAGGCAGCCCGUCCAUUCCCCAAAGCCCUCAUUUCAGGGGUGGAUCACAAAGGCCACCCCUCACUAACUCGAGUGCAGGCAGGAGUGAGGCUUACUGUUCCUUUGCUGGUUUUGAAAUGGCUUGAGGCACUGCUGGCAGCUGUCUGCAAUUGCAAGAGAAAUCCUUCCUCUGUGACCCGCACACAGUUGCAGAUGCUGUGUCUCAGUGGUUGCUGGCCCCUUGAACCCUUGGUUGGGGGUGCCCAGUGCAUGGACGGUACACACGUAUCAAAAUAUUUCAGCCUGCCCAUGCAGCCCAGGACAUAGGCCGUUGCAGUGUUCUAUAGGUUUCUCUUCCCCCUAGGAAGUAGACAAAGAAGAGGAAUAGAGCUGAGCGUUUGUAUUACGUUUUCAUACUAUUCAAAGUGUCUUUCCGUAUGGUACCUCAUUUUCACAUUACAACAGUCCCGUGAGGUAGAGGAGGAAGGGCUAAUCUUCAGCUGACAAGAUGAACAAAUGGAGGAGUGGGGAAUUUAAGAGACUUGCCAAGGCUCACAUAGCGAGGAACAAGAAUGCAAAACUCCUAGUUCCUGGUAUAAACUGCCACUCACAUGAGUGUGUGUGUUAGUGUGUGUGUGUGUGUGUAGGUGUGGAUGUAUUCACUCUGAGGAAGUGACUGUACAAACAUAACUCAGCAUAUGCUUUUAACUGGCCCUCCCCAGUAUCUUUAUUUAAUGAGAUAAAUGUGUUCAGGUAAAAAAUAACCAAGGGCUUAGAUCCACAGGCAAGGAGUUCUCAGGGACACUGUGGCGUGAAGGAAAGAGUCUUGAUCAAGCAGCCAAGGGCUUCGGGCUCUGCGCCUCUUGGUUGUGACUUUCUCUGUGACCUCAGGCACAAGUCAGUUGGCUUCACCGUGUUUCUCAGCCUCCUCAUAUGUCAAACUUGCGUCACAAGGAUAAAGUUUAAAUGGGAGAAAGUUCAAAGUGCAGGGUGAACACAAACCAGUAAUGGAUUUCCAUAGUUCAGGUUUUCAGGUGACUGGUUGGACCCUAGUGCAGAGCCCAGUUACUGCCCCCAGACACUUCUCGAACAGAGCUUGCCCCAGGGGUACCAGGUAGUGGACUGGGACUCUCCGAAGGUGAAACCUCUACCUCCUCUGCUUUCCCUAUGGGGUGAGGCGCACUCAGUGGCUGAGAGCCUGGCGCGCUGUGCCGUGGCCUGAGGCCACCUGGAGAUUUGCUAAAGGUAUUCCUCUACAGGGUGUCUGGGUGGGGGGCACUAGUCUGGACCUAGUAAUUAAGAAGAGAGACGUAUUCCUGUGGCUGUUGAUAAUUGUUUUGGUAGCUGAUGCCACUGUGGUCGCCGCUCAGAGGUGUGUGGGUGAAUGAGAGAGAAAGCAUGUUCCCAGAAGCCAGUGCAGUAAGGCCUUAAGACCAUCUAACACAGCUAUAUUCUAAUUUAUCCAUUAGUCAUCGUGACAUUUUCUUCUAACCUUUUUUUUUUUUUUUUGACAUUAAUCCAUCAUUCAUUAACCCAACUUCUGUUUUCAUUUUCAGUUUGGGCUUCCUGUAGGCUCCCUUUUCCUGCGCAACAGAGCUGGGCUUCCCUGUCUCUAACUCCCCCCUUAACAUGUCUGGGGGCACAGAACCCGUGCCCUCCCCUCUCUUCCUGCCAAGGUUUAUAGAAGCCCGAGGGUCUGAGGACGGCGUCUGGCCUCUGGUCAAGAAGCCAUCAGUCACGCGGUUUCAAGAUGCAUCCUGCAUCCCAGCGCCCCCAGCCGGCCACUCCCCGCUCCGUCUUUGCCAGACUGUAACACGUUCAGGGGUCCCACCUGCUCUUCUAUACCACCAGCUUCCCUGUUCCAACUCUGGCUGCUGCUUGUUCCCCUGAGGUGUAUUUGCAUCCACCA